AUGGCAGCUUCCAAUCCUCUCAUCAACUCCCCACAUACUGGUCUUGGUCGACACUUUAAUAUGCCCUACCUCACUCGAUCUAGACGAUCCCACUCAUUCCAGUUCGACCCUACCGGUGGUCCUCGCGGACUCUUCGACACCGCCCGAAUGCAAGAGCCCAAUGAGGAACCCACCUUCAUCCCAACAUCUCUCGGCGAGCAUCUCUUGGAACGUACCUAUCUCGACGAUGUUGUUCGACCACUGGUUCGAGCUCUGGUCAAGGCACGCAUGACAUAUGGUUCUCAUUCUCAAGGUGCACCUGAAAGCUCGCAAGCCUAUGCUGACCUCGAAAAGCUUCGUCGUGAGCUCGAACGAUCAGCACAACGUGCUCGCAACGCUGAACUGGAACGCGAUGAUCUUGCUCGCCGUCUUGACCUUGUAGGUUCAUCCGAAGUAGCCUUGCAUGACCGACACGACCGACAACCAGUGGUGCAACACAUGCAUCUUGCCGAUCAGAUUGCCGCCCCUGAUUCUUCCAGAGCUGGUACUGCACCCACUAUCGGCUUGAAACCUCCUCGUCCCAGCGAUGUCGACUCCAUCCGUGGCGGCGGAUACGACCAGCGAUCCAGUGUACCAGCUUCAACAGGUGUUUCUCUCAAUCUGGCGCAAGGUGAGGGUCCCGCUUCCAUCAUCAUCGCCACCCAAGGUCCCUCCGGUGCACCAUUCAACUCGACUUCUCGACCACAUCACGCUUCUGGUGCCGAACACAUGUCACCGGCCACGUCCUACGCUCAUCCUGGCGCACCUCGACACCCUCCUUACCCUGCCGACAUGCACCAUGAUCCUCACGACCCCGAACAUCGUCAAAUGGCCCGCAUGCCUCACCACCCUGACGCAGAGUAUGCAUACGCCGACGAACGGGCCGAUCGAUACGGCUUGCCUUCUGGACAACCUCCUCACCGCCACAGUCUCUCACGAUACAGCGGUACAGCCCGUUCACCACCCACUUCGAGCUCCUAUCUCACCUCUGCAAGCGAACGAUCCUCCAUGCCUACUCUCACCAACUACCCUUCCACUUCCUCCAGCAGCUCUUACUCCGCUGCCACCCCUUACUCAUCUGUUCACCCAUACGACAGCCAUGAGAUGGAAGAAAUGGAACGAUCUCGUAAACUCGCUCGACUCCGACCCGGAGAGCCUAUCGACCAUCAUCACUCCCUCGGCCACUUUGGUCGACCUUUAGGCGUACCCCCUUUGAGCAACUACGUCAUCACCCCGACCUCUGAAGUUCCCUCCGCCUACCCCAUCCGCAAACUCGCCUCUACCAAAAACCGCACCUGUUCCAACUGCGCCGCUCCUCACGAUGCAAAAUUCCGUCGAGGUCCCAAUGGACCAGGAACUCUCUGCGAUCGUUGCGGUUCGCGAUGGAAGAAGUUUAAAGAACAAGAAUCUGCUUCUCAAAGGGAUUCGCUAGGUGCAUCGGGAGGUCCAGCAGCAGCAGCACAUGCUAGGUCGAGCUCAGCAAGUGCGUCUUCGGAAAGUCCGGUGGAAGCUAGUUCCAGCUCGUUGGCUCCUCCUCCUGCCACGACGAGCCGGGAGAGUAACAGGAAUAGUGAUAGUAGCAUCCCUACCUUGGCUUCGACGGAGGCUUCGGCAAGUAACGGUAAUCGGAAAGAUAUUUCGCCUAGAGAUGGCGAGCGGCAGGGAGCGAGGGAGAGAAGUGCUAGUGUUGAUCAAUUGAUCGAUGACUAG